AUGGUGUUUGAAACAAGAAGAGGAGGGUGCAAGGAGCACCCACACGAUAAGCAAUCACCUGGUGUUUGUUCCUCUUGUUUGAGGGAAAAACUCUCGCAGUUGUACAGCACCAACCCUAUUAUUGAACCUCUUUGUUUUUCUCCACAAUCGCCUGCUUCUCCUCAUCAAUCUUUUUCUUCAAGUCGGGGUGGUGGCCACCGUAAACCACGGUUCCGGCGAAACGCUUCGCUGGUGGCGGCGGAAUCUGGUUCGAGCGUGCAGGGUUUGAACUUGAAGAAGAGCAAGUCGCUUGCGUUUGCUUCGAAGAGUAGAGGGAGAGAGAGGGAUGUGAGUGGAAGGAAGAAAGAUGGGUUUUGGUCAAAGGUGCUCAAACUCAAUAAAAGAGACACACGAAACUCCAUCGUCACUUCUAAGACCUGA